AUGUCCUUCGCUGCCACCGCUGCCAUCUCCAUCCCCAACGUAGAAACUUACGUUUUCCACACUGUUGCUGCCAUCAGCCUCUCCUUCCUCCAAUGGGAAGCUCGUGGCAAGCCACCGGAACCAUGGGUUCAGUCUCUCAACUUGCCUGAUCUCUCCUUUGACUCUUGCUUCACCGAUGAGUUCUUCAACUUCUUCAAGUUCCAGCACUCUCUCACCUCCACUGCUUCCGGACGGUUAAUCAACUCAUCCGUUUCCAUUGAAGAUAUCUUUCUACAACAUCUCCGGCAAGAACCAAACUGGCAAGGCCAGAAGGUCUUCGCCAUUGGCCCUUUGAACCCUGUGAUCAAUAUCAAACCAAGAAUGACUACUUCUCGGUGCUUGCAGUGGCUGGACGAGCAGCCGCUUGCGUCGGUUGUUUAUGUUGCGUUUGGCACGACCACAUCUUUUUCCCAAGAACAAGUUGGUGAGAUUAAGAAUGGGUUGGUUUCAAGUGGACAAAGAUUCAUCUUGAUGUGCCGUGAUGCUGAUCUCGGUGAUAUUUUUGCCGGUGGGAAUAGUGUUGAAAAGUGUGAUGAGAUUGAAGAAGUGGGGGGUGGAGUGGUAGUGAGAGGUUGGGCACCACAGUUGGAGAUCUUGAGCCAUUCUUCAAUGGCUGCUUUCAUGAGUCACUGUGGAUGGAACUCUUGCAUGGAGAGCUUGAGCUUGGGAGUUCCUGUUUUAGCAUGGCCUAUGCACUCUGAUCAGCCAUGGAAUGCUGUGCUUUUGACGGAGAUUCUCAAAGUGGGGAUUUUAGUUCGGGAGUGGAAGAAGAGGAAUGAGCUUGUGACUAAGGAGACAGUGAAGGAUUUGGUUUUAAAAAUUGUGGUCGGUGAUGAAGGGAAGAAGAUGAGAGAAAGAGCAGUGGAGAUUAAAGAUAGUCUUAGAGAAGCCAUGUCUGAAGCUGGUGCUUCUAAGAUUGAGUUUGAUUCUUUCAUUGCUCAUAUCACUAGAUCAUGA